UUGGGCUUUGUGAAAAAAGGACUGUUUUGCAGCCGAAUAAGAAGAUUUUUAUUACAUCAUGAAAAGAUUCAUUUCCAGAUCUUCUUCUUCUUCUUCUUCUUCUUCUCCCAUUCGCCGUCGUCUAUUCUCAUUCAGAAGGAAGACCUCUCACUUCACCUAUACAGUUUAAACUUUAUACCCCGAGUUAUUUGUUUACAGUUUUAAAUCUCAACCGUAAAAAAUGGUGCAAGAAAAGAGGAAAAGAGGCCGGAAACCUAAAAAUGCGACAAUGGAAUUCUCCGGCAACGGCGACACUUCCAUGGUCGCGACCGAGGAACCGUUGUCGACGGUGAUCCCCGAGAGCGACAACAAUGACCCCCCUACACAACGCCGCGGGCGCGGACGCCCGAAGAAAGCAGGGAAACCGGAGGAAGACAUCGACCGAGGGAUCGCGGCUUCGCCGGAGAGACGAGGCCAUUGUGCGACGGACGUUAAUGGAGAAUUGCCGUUGUUGAAUGGGGAAUUGCGUCGCCCUGCGGAACUGCUGGCGGCUGCUGCAGCCAAGGCGGCCCCUUGGAUGGACGCGGUGGUGAAGGUCUUCUGCGUUCACACGGAGCCCAAUUUUUCGCUGCCUUGGCAGAGAAAGAGGCAGUACAGCUCUAACAGCACAGGUUUCAUCAUCGGAGGAAGGAGAGUGUUGACGAAUGCCCACUCAGUGGAGCAUCACACUCAAGUCAAGCUCAAGAAACGCGGCUCAGAUAGCAAAUACCUGGCCACUGUGCUAGCUAUUGGGACCGAGUGCGACAUAGCUUUGUUAGCUGUGGAUGAUGAUGAGUUUUGGGAGGGAGUAACCCCAGUAGAAUUUGGAGAACUGCCUGCACUGCAAGAUGCUGUAACUGUUGUUGGCUAUCCUAUUGGAGGAGACACUAUAUCCGUGACUUGUGGUGUUGUCUCACGCAUGGAGAUACUUUCUUAUGUUCACGGAUCAACUGAGCUUCUUGGGCUUCAGAUAGAUGCUGCGAUUAACUCAGGAAAUUCUGGUGGACCUGCCUUUAAUAGUAAUGGAAAAUGUGUGGGCAUUGCAUUUCAAUCACUCAAACAUGAAGAUGCAGAGAACAUUGGCUAUGUCAUACCAACACCUGUGAUCAUGCAUUUUAUUCUUGAUUAUGAGAAGAAUGGAGCUUACACAGGGUUUCCAGUCUUAGGUAUUGAGUGGCAGAAAAUGGAGAACCCCGACCUACGAAUGUCAGUUGGUAUGGGACCUAAUCAGAAGGGUGUCCGUAUUCGAAGAGUGGAGCCUACAGCUUCAGAAUCUAAUUUCUUAAAUCCAUCCGAUGUUCUUCUUAGCUUUGAUGGGGUUGAUAUUGCCAAUGAUGGAACAGUUCCUUUCAGGCAUGGAGAGCGCAUUGGAUUUAGUUAUCUGAUAUCACAAAAAUAUACGGGAGAUUCUACUAAAGUCAAAGUUCUCCGAAACUCCAAGACACUCACGUUUAACAUAAGAUUGGACACUUACAAAAGACUAAUUCCAGCACACAUUAAGGGAAAACCUCCGUCUUAUUACAUAGUUGGUGGAUUUGUUUUCUCUGCUGUUUCGGUUCCAUACCUACGCUCAGAGUAUGGAAAAGAUUAUGAGUUUGAUGCUCCUGUUAAACUGUUGGACAAACUUGCGCAUGCAAUGGCACAAUCUAUUGAUGAGCAACUUGUUGUUGUGUCUCAGGUGCUUGUGGCUGACAUCAAUAUUGGAUAUGAGGACAUCGUAAAUACACAGGUCAUUGCAUUCAACGGCAAGCCAGUGAAAAAUUUGAAGAGCUUAGCAAACAUGGUGGAGGCUUGUGAAGAAGAGUACUUAACAUUUCAUUUGGAUUAUGAUCAGGUUGUAGUCCUGAAGACAAGCACCGCCAAAGCUGCCACAUCAGACAUUCUUGCAAUGCAUUGCAUACCUUCGGCCAUGUCUGAUGAUCUGAAGACAUGAAAAGCAGUUCAAUAGGUAAACUCUGCUUAGUAGCGCUUAGUGCUUGAUGCCUAAAGG